GCGGAGCCCUGUCCUAAGCCUCGCGAGAGCUGCGGUCCUGGAGUGGGAUGGCUGCGGAGCCGGGCAGAGUUGGCCCUUGGCUCCUGCUUCCCGCACCCUGGCCCGAAACAUGGCUCGGGGUCCUGGCCCGCUAACCAGGCCUCGCCCCGACACAGUCGCCAUGCCCAAGAGAGGAAAGCGACUCAAGUUCCGGGCCCAAGACGCCUGCUCUGGGCGAGUGACCGUGGCGGAUUAUGCCAACUCGGAUCCGGCCGUUGUGAGGUCUGGAAGGGUCAAGAAAGCCGUCGCCAAUGCUGUUCAGCAGGAAGUAAAAUCUCUUUGUGGCUUGGAAGCCUCCCAGGUUCCUGCAGUAGAAGCUCUUUCUGGGGCUGGUGAGCCCUGUGACAUCAUUGACAGCAGUGAUGAGAUUGAUGCCCAGGAGGAAGGCAUCCAUGAGAGAACUGCCUCCAGAAAAAAGAAAAGCAAGAGGCACAAAGAAGAUCUGGAUGGGGCUGGAGGAGAAGAGUAUCCCAUGGAUAUUUGGCUCUUGCUGGCCUCCUAUAUCCGUCCUGAGGACAUUGUGAAUUUUUCCCUGAUUUGUAAGAAUGCCUGGACUGUCACUUGCACUGCUGCCUUUUGGACCAGGUUGUACCGAAGGCACUACACGCUGGAUGCCUCUCUGCCUUUGCGCCUGCGACCAGAGUCAAUGGAGAAGCUGCGCUGUCUCCGGGCAUGUGUGAUCCGAUCUCUGUACCAUAUGUAUGAGCCAUUUGCUGCUCGAAUCUCCAAGAAUCCAGCCAUUCCAGAAAGCACUCCUAGCACAUUAAAGAAUUCCAAAUGCUUACUUUUCUGGUGCAGAAAGAUUGUUGGGAACAGACAGGAGCCAAUGUGGGAAUUCAACUUCAAGUUCAAAAAGCAGUCCCCUAGAUUAAAGAGCAAGUGUAUGGGAGGAUUGCAGCCUCCCAUUCAGUACGAAGAUGUUCAUACCAACCCAGACCAGGACUGCUGCCUACUGCAGGUCACCACCCUCAAUUUCAUCUUUAUUCCAAUUGUCAUGGGAAUGAUAUUUACCCUGUUUACUAUCAAUGUGAGCACGGACAUGCGGCAUCAUCGAGUGAGACUGGUGUUCCAAGAUUCUCCUGUCCGUGGAGGUCGGAAACUGCGCAGUGAACAGGGUGUGCAAGUCAUCCUGGACCCAGUGCACAGCGUUCGACUUUUUGACUGGUGGCAUCCUCAGUAUCCAUUCUCCCUGAGAGCAUAGCUACUGCUUCUCGUCACUGAGGGCAACCCUGAGCUAGGCCAGUCCAUUUGUAAUCAGAUUCCAGUUUGGAAGGGGCAGCUGGAUUGUAUAUCUGGUCAGUAAUGCACAUGCUGUUCAGGUUUCUGGGGCUCCUGCUAGGGGAAGGAGAAGGAUUGAAUCAGGAGUAAAAACAUUAUGAUUUAUAAACCUAUUUUAAUGUAAAAUUUUGCAUUUGAGUGAAACCUGGCCCUAUUUUCUGUGUUAAACCCCAUUUGGUGCUACUGAGUUUGUUGUUCUUUAUUCUUUUAUCCCAGCCAAAGUGGAUGAUCUCGCUUUAGGGGAAAAUUAAACUCAUAAAUCUCCAAACAAGGAAAUUUCAGCAUUCCCUUAUGGAUCAUAGUAACCUUAGAGGCUUAAAAUUGUUGCUACUGUUGCUUCCAAUUUAGCUGCCCCUCAAAUUCAAGUGAAUAUUUCCUCUUCUCCCUUUUACCCCUCUCUAGAAAUAAAGCAGGUGACAGGGUUUUCAUAAACUUAUGAGAUUGACUUGUGUAUCUUUCUUUAAAAAUGUUUGUCACAUAAAUAUUUUUUUGCCA